UCCUCAGCCCGAUCGUCCCAAUAUGGCGGAGGCUUCCUUUGGGAGUUCGAGCCCAGUUGGCUCUUUAUCAUCUGAGGAUCAUGACUUUGACCCAUCUGCUGAAAUGUUGGUACAUGAUUAUGAUGAUGAGCGAACUCUCGAAGAGGAGGAAAUGAUGGAAGAAAGGAAAAAUUUCAGCUCUGAAAUUGAAGAUUUAGAAAAGGAAGGAAACAUGCCAUUGGAAGAUUUACUGGCAUUCUAUGGCUAUGAACCCACAAUUCCAGUUAUGGCAGGUUCCAAUGCAGAGAGCUCUCCAAGUGAACUUGCAGAUGAACUUCCAGAUAUGACUCUAGAUAAAGAAGAAAUUGCUAAAGACCUCUUGUCGGGUGAUGAUGAAGAAACGCAGUCCUCUGCUGAUGACUUGACACCAUCAGUUACUUCGCAUGAGGCUACUGACUUCUUUCCUCGGCCAUUAAGAUCAAACACUACGUGUGAUGGAGAUAAGGAAUCAGAUGGUGAAGAUGUAGAAGCAGACAAUGGUAAUUCGUCUGAAGAUUUGAGAAAGGAAAUAAUGGUUGGUUCACAGUACCAGGCUGAAAUUCCACUUUACCUUGGCAGAUACAGCAAUAAUGAAAAGCCCUAUGAAAACGAAGACCAUUUACUUUGGAAACCUGAUGUAAUCUCAGAAAGUAAAGUUAAAGAAUACCUUUUUGAAACCUCCCUAAGAACAGGAAAUGAAAAAAUGAUUGGCAGAAUUCCUGAAGGGCUACAUACACGGGACAAUGAACAGGCGCUGUAUGAACUUCUGAAAAGUAGCCAUAAUGUUAAAGAAGCAAUUGAGAGAUACUGCUCAAAUGGAAAGGCUUCUCAUGAAGAAAUGACAGCAUGGACAGAAGAGGAAUGCAGAAGCUUUGAACAUGCACUUCUGAUUUAUGGAAAGGACUUUCAUCUCAUACAGAAAAACAAGGUAAGAACCAGAACAGUUGCUGAGUGUGUAGCUUUCUAUUACAUGUGGAAAAAGUCAGAACGUUAUGAUUACUUUGCUCAGCAAACAAGAUUUGGAAAGAAGAGGUACAACCAUCAUCCGGGAGUUACGGACUACAUGGAUCGUUUGGUAGAUGAAGCAGAAGCCCUGGGUGGCGCAGUGCAUUCUUCAGCCUUAACAUCUAAUAGUCGAACAGAAACCAUUCCUGAUCAACAGCUAAGCAUUCUGAACUCUAUCACUGCCAAUGAGUUGACAGCGUUGACAAAUAGUGUAGCUACAGUCUGCCACACUUCAGACAUGAACUGCCUGGAUGAUUCCUUUCCUCCUAUGGACAGCUUAUCCCGAGCACCAGUUAAUCAUGUGCCUGUUGGAACAGAAGAAUUGCUUAAUUUGCCUAGCAAUGGUGAAAGUGAUUGUUUUAAUUUAUUUGAGACUGGAUUUUAUCAUUCAGAGCUAAACCAAAUGAACAUGUGCAGUGAGGAGACAGAAAGACCUGUGAAGAGAUUGAAAAUGGGAAUUGCAGUCCCAGAAUCAUUUAUGAAUGAUGUAUCUGUAAAUAACCUUGGUGUGGACUUUGAGAACCACACGCACCAUAUUACCAGUGCCAAAAUGGCUGUUUCAGUGGCUGACUUCAGCAGUCUAUCUGCAAGCGACACAAAUGGUUUUAUCAAUACCCACACUCUUCACCAACAUGCUGCCCUUCACUCAGAAUGACUGUGGGAACCUAAACAAACAGUGGGUACUAUAUGCAG